AUAUCCAAUCUCUCCAUCACAGCUGCAUCCCUGAGAAUGGGAGGGGGCUUUGGUAGCAGCUGGGGCCCCAAAACAACUAGGGGAAUCUCAUCUCCAUGUUCGCUCUUCAGAAAGCAGUCCUUUCUUUGUGCAGCUGGAGAUACUGGUAAGCAGAGCUGGGUCCAGGUGCUUCUGGGUUGGGUUGAGCAAGCCUACAGAGACGGGGUGCAUAUGUACUAUCCGGAACAUUCAGCCCCGACUCCCUCUUCUGCUCACCAAUGUGUUAAGUGCAAUGACCUAUUUAAGGUAAACCCAUUCCACCUCUGCCAGUUCAGGGCUUAUCCACGCACUGCUUCCCUCUCCCUCUGUUCAAGCUGCCUGGACCAUAAGCUCAAUUUGAGAGGGAAGGUCUUGGUUUGAGGGCUUGUGAUCAGAAAAACUGAAGAGGGAAGGUUUGGUCAGUACUAAUGUAUUAGACACGAGUCCUCACCCUGUGUCCUGAGCCUGAGUCAUUUUUCUUCCAAUUGCCCUGCCUCCCAACACACUUAUCGCAGAUAUGACAACAUUUGGCCUGACAGCCCCAGCCCCCACCCUAAAGGUCAUCCCGCCAACAUCACCAGACUUGGGGGCCCAAGGGCAGUGCCUGGUGCUGCUCCCAUCUGCUGUCCCUUUUCCUCUCCUGCAAUUAGUUUGUACUCAUUGGGCUGUGCUCUCUCUUCCCCGAUUACCUGAUGUAUGGAAAUAAAUGUCCUUUCCUCCUG